UCAUCUGGAGUGUGAUUCAGUUUUAAUGAGAUGGAGGUUGAAUGAGGAGCUGGCGAGCCUUCAUAGAGGGAAGGAGAAAAAAAAAAAGAAAAGUUGAUGCUCAUUGCUGUUUUUCUCAUCUUUCUAAAUUUAGCUGGAGAGCUGCAGCAGCACAUUGUAUAAAUUUAUUCGGAAAGAUUUUUCACUUUUUCUUUCUUUUUGGGUGGGGUGGGAGUUUAUCAUUAAAAGUUAGAUUGACGCGAUUCAGUUCCACGGGGAAUUCAAUGGAUGAGUCACUUCAACAACAUGGCUUUGGAUUUUGAUUAAUGCACUUUUUCCUUUGCUUUUCCUUUCUUUCUUUCUUUUUUUUUAUUAAAUUGAUACAUCCUGCAAACUAAAACAGCACAUAUGAGCAGAUAGAUGCCAUGGUUUGUAUUGACUCGCUGGCUCGGCGCUGUAACUCACUCGCAGAUGCGCGCGUUGUGGAGCGCAGGCAGGUCUGGUGAAAGGCGAGAGCGUCGGCUGGUUGCGCUCAUUGUGGCUGCGGAGCUGCGCGGAGAGGCUGCAUGUGCAUGUGUGUGUGUGCGUGUGUGUGUGUGUGAUCCGAGCGGGGCUGCAGCAGGAUUUCUCCACAGCUCUCUCUUGAAGUUGAUUCGAUGAACUUUCCAAAAAAGAGACGCGACUAUACACUGACCAUAGCAAUAAACGCGCAACCAGAAGUGCAAAUUUAGAACUGAGUUUUAGAUCGGGUUUGCGUUUUGUUUUUUUGUUGUUUUUUUUUUUUUUUUAUCACUCCAGCUUGGCAGCCACGCACCACGCAGGGAGAGUCCUCCGAGCAUCGUUACUGCCGACGCUGCUGGACGCACGAGUGCUACUGGGCGGUGAGGUCGGUGCGCACGGUUGGUGGCAGCCAGGCGCAAGUUGGAGGAGAAGAGGAGCAACCGAGAGGAGUUUUUUUUCUUUUUUUCUUUUUUCCCUUUUCGCCACACCGUGCCACAUGUGAGUUUCAGAACCAAGGACAGAUCCCGAAAACUGCUGGCUGGCAACCAUGCUCCGAGUGAACAACAUCUGGACUCUGCGCGUCUGUGUGUUGCCGUGAGACCUGAAGACACAUCCACCCAGAGCUUCACCCAGGCAAGAAAUAUCAAACAUGCUGCACCCACUGAGAGAAGACCUGAAAGUGAUCUGCCUCCAGACCCAGUGAACCUCUGCUCCUCUCAACUUCACCCAGCUGAACCCUGCAUCCUGAUCCUGCCAUGCUGAGAGUCGUGUUCUGCCCCAGGUCUUUGGCCAACUCUGCCCAUUAUUGGCCACUUCACAUGCUCCUGCUGGAGCUGCUGAUACUAGGAGUCCUGCCCAGCAUCUCCAGAUUACCACCCGCAGCCAAACGGGAGAUAAUUUUGGACGGGGACUUGGUGAUUGGAGGCCUGUUCCCGGUGCACCAAAAAGGCGAUGGGACGGAGGACUGCGGCAAGAUCAAUGAGGCGAGGGGGAUCCAGAGACUGGAGGCCAUGCUGUUGGCACUUGAUGAGAUUAACUCCAGCGAUCGCAUCCUUCCCGGGCUCCAGCUGGGAGCCCACAUCCUGGACACCUGCUCGAAGGACACAUACGCGCUGGAGCAGUCCCUUGAUUUCGUCAGAGCCUCCCUCACCAAGGUGCAAGAUCCGGGAUUCAUCUGCCCGGACGGCUCCAGGCCCAUCCAAAACGAGGUUCCACUCGCCAUCUCUGGAGUCAUUGGAGGAUCCUACAGUGAUGUUUCCAUUCAGGUGGCCAACCUCCUGCGAUUGUUCCAGAUCCCUCAGAUCAGCUACGCCUCCACCAGUUCAAAGCUCAGCGAUAAGAGCCGCUAUGACUACUUUGCCCGCACGGUGCCUCCUGACUUCUACCAGGCCAAGGCCAUGGCUGAGAUCCUGCGCUACUUCAACUGGACCUACGUGUCCACAGUGGCGUCAGAGGGCGACUACGGUGAGACUGGGAUCGAUGCCUUCCAGCAGGAGGCUCGCACUCGCCAAAUCUGCAUCGCCACUUCAGCCAAGGUGAGCCGCUCCAUGAACCGCCAGAGCUAUGACAAUGUGAUCCGCGCUCUGCAGCAGAAGUCCAACGCCAGGGUGGUCAUCUUGUUCACCCGCAGCGAAGACGCCCGCGAACUGCUGGUGGCCGCUGCUCGCAUGAAUGCCACCUUCACCUGGGUGGCGAGUGAUGGAUGGGGAGCUCAGGAGAGCGUGGUGAGGGGCAGCGAGACUGCAGCAGACAUGGCUUUCACUAUCGAGCUGGCCUCCUACCCAAUCAGAGAGUUUGAAGACUACUUCACCAAGCUGAACCCGUACACCAACACAAGGAACCCGUGGUUCAAGGAGUUCUGGGAGCACCGGUUUGGCUGCAGCCUCCAGGAAGCUGGCUGCAGUGAAAACAGCCUGCGAGAUGGCACUUUUGAGCAGGAGUCCAAGAUCAUGUUUGUGGUAAAUGCAGUCUAUGCCAUGGCUUAUGCUCUGCAUAACAUGAGGCAAGCUGUGUGCUCCAACACAUCCAAGGUGUGUGAGGCCAUGAAACCAGGUAACGGCAAAAGGUUCUACAAGGAGUUCAUCUUGAAGACCAAAUUUGAAGCUCCAUUCAGACCUACAGAAGCGGAAAGCAUGGUGCGCUUCGAUGCUUUCGGCGACAGCAUCAGCCGCUACAACAUCUUUCAUUACCACAAAGAAGACGGGAAGUUCAUCUACAAGAAGGUCGGCUACUGGGACCACAACUUGACCCUGAACAACAGCAUGGUGCACUGGCGUGGCCUGUCACCGCCCACCUCCCAGUGCAGCGACCCCUGCAGGAAGAACGAGGUGAAGAGUAUGCAGCCCGGAGAUGUGUGCUGCUGGAUCUGCAUCCCCUGCCAGCCCUACCAGUACCUGCAGGACGAGUUCACCUGUGCGGACUGCAGCUUCGGUCAGUGGCCGCUGGCUAACUUGACCGGCUGCUAUGAUCUGCCUGAAGAAUACAUCCGCUGGGAGGAUGCCUGGGCCAUCGGGCCUGUCACCAUCUCCUGCCUUGGUAUACUGUGCACUCUGUCAGUGGUGGGCCUGUUCUUCAAGCACAACGAGACGCCUGUGGUUAAAGCAAGUGGCCGUGAACUCUCUUACAUCCUCCUGUUGGGAGUGCUGAUGUGCUACCUCAUGACCUUCAUCUACAUCGCCAAACCUUCCACCGCUGUUUGCACCCUGCGCCGACUCGGCCUGGGCACCUCCUUCGCAGUAUGCUACUCAGCCCUCCUUACCAAGACCAACCGUAUUGCUCGCAUCUUCAGCGGCGUGAAAGACGGAGCCCAGCGGCCACGCUUCAUCAGCCCUGCCUCCCAGGUGGCGAUCUGCGGCGCUCUUAUCUCUUGCCAGCUGCUGGUGGCUCUUAUCUGGCUGUUGGUGGAGGUGCCAGGGGUUCGGAAGGAGGUGAGCCCGGAGAGGAGAGACGUGGUCACCCUCAAGUGCAACAGCAGGGACUCCAGCAUGCUCAUGUCGCUCACCUACAACUGCAUCCUCAUCAUCCUCUGCACUGUCUACGCCUUCAAGACGCGGAAGUGCCCCGAGAACUUCAACGAGGCCAAGUUCAUCGGAUUCACCAUGUACACCACCUGCAUCAUCUGGCUCGCCUUCCAGCCCAUUUUCUAUGUCACUGCCAGCGACUACAGGGUGCAGACCACCACCAUGUGCAUCUCCGUCAGUCUGAGCGGUUCGGUGGUGCUCGGCUGCCUCUUCGCCCCCAAGGUUCACAUCAUUCUGUUCCAGCCCCAGAAAAACGUGGCCUCACUCAGAGUCACAACCAACCGCUUCAGUGCCACGGUGUCUGCCUCUGCCUCCGCUCCCAGCUCCAGCUACUCUAAAGGAUCAGCCUCUAACUACGUGCCAGCAGUCUGUAACGGCCGCGAGGUGGUGGACUCUACAACCUCCUCUUUGUGAAAAAAGUUCCUCUCUAAGCACAAGAGACCAUCCCACCAUCAGUCAUCCCUCCAUUAAACAAGGCUGUGUAUGACGGAACUCCCCCUACGCCAUCCAACAUGCUGCAGAGAGAUAACUCUGUCUGGGUAGACGGACUGACUGACUGACUGUGGAAAGGGUAACUCUUAACUGUGAAAGCUAAACGACGUUCCUACAGCGAGCAGUAUGUAUCAAUUGUAAAGCCUUUUUGUAUAGAUUCAAUAUGCUGUGAUCUCCUCGGUUUACAGAUAGAUGUGAUUAAAUGCACCGUGCCUUGUCCUAAAGAGUCUUGUUGUCAAAAUGGGUGCUUGUGAAGCAGUAGUGUUAUUCAAAACAAAAGGCUGUUCUUAUCUCGUCCUUACAGUGCUGUGAAUAUAUCCAAAUGUUGUAGACAUUGACAAAAGAAAAAAAAAAAAUUAAUGCUAUGAAAUAAAUUUAGCCCUGCUGUUGAACAAAAUGUGUGACUAAUCAUAGUGAACGUGAUGAAAACGUAGGCGACUAGACCAUAUAAAGGACAUGUGUUAAUGUAGACUGGUAUAACAGUGUGUGCUUUCUUGUAAUUUAUGUAAAUAAAAUGUUUUUGUUUUUUUAAUAUAAAAAAAAUAAAACGCCGCUGUGUUUGGAUUCACACUUCACUUGACACAAACUAAAUGCAGCUAUUCAGAGACAAUAACAACCUUUUUUUUUGCACAAACGGCUCGAUUUUCUUCCUUUUUCAAGACCAAAUUAACUUUAAAAUGUCUGUAAGUACUUUAAGUUGAGAUAACUUAUUGGAUUGCUUCCUCUAGAUUUACCGUAAUUAAAAAAAAGGUAGAAGUCGCAGCAUGUUUUUUUAAUUCUAAUACCAACACUUGUACUUGGUGCUCAGUUCUCUGAGCUAUAACUAUUGCUGUAAGUACUAGUCCAGUAUGUGCAAUUAUACAUGUACAGUGCCUAUAAAUGUGUUCACCCGAGUCAGACUUUUUCAUCUUUUAUACUGAUUGGACUUUCCUGAUAUUAAAUUGGAAAAAAAACAAAAACAUAUAAAUCUAUAAACAACC